CCUUGGGCUCCAGACGUUGGAGGCACACUCUCCCGACAAAGCCGCGCCCCUGCUUGCCAAAUACGGUAGAUUGUCUGCUUUCUCGGUUUUUGUCUUUAAGUGACAUUUUUGUGAGGGGAAAGAUGACACAUCAUCGAUUUGUUGCGCCCUAAAUACAUUUGAAUGAAUUAAAGUGACAAUCUGAGACAAAUGUCUGUGGUUGGUCCGCCCGGAUGUAACAGACACAGACAGCCGGAGGAGGAGCCUCGUGUCCCGUGUACCGUACCGUGGACAGCCGUGUGUUGGCGAGCCCAGACGGGAAGGUAUCCGCCCCACAAUCGAGCUACCUCGCCGGGGAAACGACAUGUUUUGACGCCUAUUCUUCUUUGAACGUAACCGAGUGGAAAAAAUGUACCAUCUCUGAUUAUGCUGAUGUUGCGAAAGCGUCAAGCGUCGCGUCCACACCCGCAGCAACGAGAGGAGACAAUGAGCGCCAAGAGGAAGGCCGAUAGUGACUCUAAGGCCGCCAGCAGGCCACGCAUCAUGAAAUCUCAAGGGAACUCGCGAGCUGACUCGGAGAGGGACUCGGGAUUCUCAGAUGCAAGCUCAGAGCACAUGAGCUUGAUGGACACCAUCGAUUCUGAGGACUCGCCACGCCAUUUCAUGCAGUCGGGCUCACAGACGUCUGUGGUGAAAGGGUCCUACUCUCACAUCUCCCCUAUGAUAAUCAUGAACAAUGUCCUCCUCAAGCAGCCUGAAAACAACUCUGGAGCCAUGAAAAGCUGGGGUUUCAGACCCGCUGUGGAGGUUGUUCAGCCGGUGGUCCAGCAGCCUCAAGUGGUUUUCCUCCAGCCAGUCGUCUCCCGUCGAGCUUCCUCUGCCACCAAGGAGGCCUCCCGACACAGGCGGCCCAAGAAGUAUCUUCCCAUUCUCAAGUCUUACCCCAAGAUUGCGCCACAUCCUGGAGACAGCUCCAGCUCGUCGGGUAGGGGCACUGCCUCCUCCUCGUCUUCUUCCUCGUCUUCUUCGGGAUCGGAAAAAGGGGGUACUGUACCUUCUUGUCACCGUGACAACAGUCAGAAAGAGAAGCAGCAGAAAAGCGAAAUUGGUCGCUUGGGUCCUCUUUCCGGUACCCCGAACUCAUGCCUGCUGCAGAGUCAACUCCCUCAAACAUCAAACCACAGCGAGCCGCCUUCGCCAGCUGUCAGUGGGCCAGAACUCACGCCCUUGCCAGCUCUCUUCAGUAGCCUGGUGCCCCUCGACCACAGAGAGGACACCUCACCGGUUGAGCAGAAGUGCGACGACGACGACACCAGGAGGAAGCGCUUUUGCAACACCUACAACAUCCUCUGCAGGUCGGGCCUCCUGGACAUCACACUGCGCACCAAGGAGCUGCUCCGGCAGAACCGCCGCACCCAAACGGACUUGGACCGCCUUCGACAGCACACAGACCUCUUUCUGCAGGCCGUGGGCAGCGGCGAUGCAGACAUAUACGUCAAACUGCACGCCAGCCUCCAGGAGGAUGAGGACAAAGAGAGGGAGCGUCUCAAAGACUGAUUAGGCUUGGACAGAACGGCAAAUCCUCCAACUUGAGAUGGCAAGAAGGCGGCCAGUUUAGGAGGAGGACAAGGGUAGGGGGUUGUGAGCACAGACUGAUGGACCGAGAGUAAUGUGACCCACAUUUGACACCCCUUCCUUCACACAGUUGGCACUGGCCUACAUUUUGUCUGCCACUUUCCCUCAGGAUCGCCUACAUUUUUAUUACUGCAUUAUUAUCCACAAUACUUUUAUGUACUCCAGCGACACAACAGACAUUUUUAACACCACAAUGAAACCAUAUUCAUUUCCCUGUACCUUUCAUACAUGCUUAGAUGAAAGGUGGGGCUCAUUGUGGACUGAGACCUGUCAACCACAUUCGCAUACAACUUAAUGAACAUAACUGUACUUCCUCAUGUAGUGGCCUCUGGGGUUUAUUUACUCAACUGCAGAGAUUACCAGGCUGGCAUUAAACUGGACAGCCCUUUUAUAUUUGCAAAAAUAAUAUUUGGUCAUUGGUAUUAACUAUGCUUCCAUUUGAAAAUAUUUUCUACAAUAUGCAAUAUAACAGGUAUGACGAUACUUUUAAAAAGUCAUUCACCUAGGAAUAGAUUUAUUGCCAACACUAAAUUGGCCCUAGUUAGUGUGAAUGUUGUCUAUCUGUGUUGGCCCUGCGAUGAGGUGGUCUGAUGUCUGUUAAGCGUCCUCAAGUAUCUUGAAAGGAGCUGUACUAUAGUCCAAAACAUGAUUACUAAUAUACUAAUAUUAGUAAUCAUGUUUUGACGGUGUGGCGCAGUGUGAGAGUGGCCAUGCGCAACCCGAGGGUCCCUGGUUCAAUCCCCACCUAGUACCAACCUCGUCACGUCCGUUGUGUCCUGAGCAAAACACUUCACCCUUGCUCCUGAUGGGUGCUGGUUAGCGCCUUGCAUGGAAGCUCCCUCCAUCAGUGUGUGAAUGUGGAAGUAGUGUCAAAGCGCUUUGAGUACCUUGAAGGUAGAAAAGUGCUAUACAAGUACAACCUAUUUAUCAUUUAAUAAGCAGUUUAGUCUAGUAAUAUUACUUCAUAGCUUCAGUGAAGUGCUCUAACAAAAUUUUUCCAGGCAUGCUUGUUGAAAUUUUCCAUAGCACUUGCUCCACUUAUUUACAGCGGUUUCUUGUUAAGCUCCCUUCGUUAACGUCCACCAUUCCUAGUGUGUCAUAGAGCACUAUAAAAUGCCACAGUAACGUUAAUAUGACCAAGUGUAAAAAUAGACAUUUAUUUGCUCAUUUAAACCCUGCAGUUAAUUGAGAUGAGAUCAGAGACAAUGAGCGCAGAGGCCACUGUUUGAUGAAAUGCAAUUCUUGUGUUUGGUCUCUGGGACGCCAUUUGAACCUGGACCUUUCUUGCUGUGAGGCAACACUGCAGACCACUUAUCCAGCGUGCUGCCCUAACUGCACAGUGAAGCUUCAGUUUCACUUCAAAAGGUCGGGUCAUGACCGGGCGUCCUUGGUAUGUGCGCGUCAUGGCCACGCAGAGUUGAAAUGAGGUCUUGGCAGUGCACAGAAAAUUCCAGGGGCGUUAAAGCAACUCCAAGGAGAGCUUAGAUUGUGAAUAUUUUUCAAACAGUUUGGCUGAGAUGUCACCACGUUCCGAACUUUUCUCAGUGAAUGCGCAGCUGUUUUUUGUUUUUGUUUUUUCAUUUUUUUAACGCACCUCAAGUUACUUUUUUCAUAGUUCGUGAUGGGCUAGUUAUCGACUCAUUGAGCCGCCCGGCCCUUCUGCGCAUGCGCUGCAUUUGCGCCACCCCACAAAACCCACUUCCUGUUAGUAAAGCAGCAGCUUCCUGUUAGCUAGACCGCAACUUUUCUUUGUCGAGGCAGCCUUCUGUGUGAGUUGUUGCUGUUUGAAAAUUGUAAAGAAAUAAAAAAAAUACCAGUUAGUUGCACGUAGGCUGAAUUUAAAUGGGCUUGUUUUCAUGAAUUGGCCUUAACAUUUUGUGGUGCGUUCAAGCACCCCCGAAAUGCAGCUAGUGUGUUGACGUCAUUCUAACAGUGAACCACUCACUUUACUUUAGAAAUAUCCAUCCAUCCAUCCAUCCAUUUUCUACCGCUUAUUCCCUUUCGGGGUCGCGGGGGGCGCUGGCGCCUAUCUCAGCUACAAUCGGGCGGAAGGCGGGGUACACCCUGGACAAGUCGCCACCUCAUCGCAGGGCCAACACAGAUAGACAACACUCACACUCACAUUCACACACUAGGGCCAAUUUAGUGUUGCCAAUCAACCUAUCCCCAGGUGCAUGUCUUUGGAAGUGGGAGGAAGCCGGAGUACCCGGAGGGAACCCACGCAUUCACGGGGAGAACAUGCAAACUCCACACAGAAAGAUCCCUAGCCUGGAUUUGAACCCAGGACUGCAGGACCUUCGUAUUGUGAGGCAGACGCACUAACCCCUCUGCCACCGUGAAGCUUUAGAAAUAUAUUAUAGUAAAAACAACUACCGUAUUUCCUUGAAUUGCCGCAUGGGCGCUAAUUAAUUUAAAACCUUCUCACUUCUGCGCUUACCAAAGGCAUGUGGUAAAAGUAAGCAUCAGCUAAUUAAAACCUCUUCUCACUCCGGCACUUACCAAAGGCAUGCAGUAAACAUUUGAGUGUGAUGUAAGCUGGACCUUAAAUCUUACUGAAUAGCUCCCAAUCUUCUUCCCUUUAUGUGAUUUCAAAUAACCGGUAUUGAAAUCAGCCUCCUCCAUUUUGAAAAUGAUGACAGGGGAAGUGUCUCUCGUGACGUCUCGAGUUUGACCAGGCGGUAAUACUAAGCAUGCGCUAAUUAUUUUGCGAAGCGAGUUUGACCCGGCAGUAAUUCAAGUCAGGCGCAUACUAUAUGCCCUGCGGCAAUUCUAGGAAAUACGGUACUUGAACAUGAUGCACGUGAGACAGAAAGUGAUACUGUAAAUAUAAAAUGCUCGUCUUUGGACUCACUAAUAUAGUUUCAAGAUUUCUGGGCCCUCAAAUUGUCCCAACAUGUAUAAUCUUACAACUCAAACACUUGAAAAUGGUUCAAGGGUUAAGACUGUGCUAAGCUGUUUGUCAAUGUGCUUUUAGUCUUUUUAGUCACUCUUUCGUCUGUCUGCAUCUUUUAUUUACAUCCCCUUUUCUUAACCAUAUGACAUUCAAUCUGAAUUAAUUCCCUUUGGAUAAACGAGCCCGUCCUUUUGUAGCUACGAUCAUCUGUGUUUGCAAACUUAUGUUUUUUAUGUUACCGUUUAAACUUCUGUCUGAAUAAGAACGCCACUCUAGCGGUUUUUCAAGCCCUUAUCGGCCGACCCAGUAGCGGGUUGAAAAGUACACACUUAGACAAUCAACGGCUUUGCAGAUUCAAGUGCCGUUUCGCUUAUAAUCCAAUUUGUUAGCUGAUUGUAUCGUCCUUUAUUUUACUGUUAUGGCAUAUUGGUUGCCGAUCAGCCUUUGUGCUAUCUUUUUGGAGGACAUUGCUAUUCAGCUUUACACCCUACCCUGUCUUUUGUGACCCAAGACGCAUUCAAGUACAGCUGGUCAUUGUGCGUUUCUUGCAUGCUUCCUCGGGAGGAUGGGUGGGCCAUGUUGGAUUAUUGAAACAAACGAGACCAACACACAAUUGGAACAUAUUUAAUUCGGACAAAACAAAACCGUUCUACCGUUUUCUUCCAGUAACUGGCUUAAAGUCCCUGACAUUUAUUACAAAUAAACGUUUUACUGUCAUUUGUGUUUAAGCAUAAUGAAAGGACGCACAAAAUGCUGGCGAAGUUUAUCUUGCUGCAGCCUUAAAUUCAAACAUUGAUGUGUAUAUUUGUCUGUGUUGACUGUUUCAAUAGGACAUAAACAACUAUAAACUCAUAUUUCAGACUGAAAGACAGCGUGGCGCUGUGGCAGAGCGGCCGUGCACAACCUGAGGGGUCCCUGGUUCAAUCCCCACCUAGUACCAACCUCGUCACGUCCGUUGUGUCCUGAGCAAGACACUUCACCCUUGCUCCUGAUGGGUGCUGGUUAGUGCCUUGCAUGGCAGCUCCCUCCAUCAGUGUGAGAAUGUGGAAGUAGUGUCAAAGCGCUUUGAGUACCUUGAAGGUAGGAAAGCGCUGUACAAGUACAACCCAUUUAUCAUUUAUUAAAGUACAGUACAGUGUCCUAGCGCAGUGGUUCUCAAAUGGGGGUACGCGUACCUCUGGGGGUACUUGAAGGUAUGCCAAGGGGUACGUGAGAUUUUUUUUGUAAUAUUCUAAAUAAAAGCAACAAUUCAAAAAUCCUUUAUAAAUAUAUUCAUUGAAUAAUACUUCAACAAAAUAUGAAUGUAAGUUUAUAAACUGGAAAGAAAUGCAACAAUGCAAUAUUCAGUGUUGACAGCUACAUUUUUUGGUGGACAUGUUCCAUAAAUAUGUUAAAGAUUUCUUUUUUUGUGAAGAAAUGUUUAGAAUUAUGUUCAUGAAUCCAGAUGGAUCCCUACUACAAUCCCCAAAGAGAGCACUUUAAGUUGAUGAUUACUUCUAUGUGUAGAAAUCUUUAUUUAUAAUUGAAUCACUUGUUUAUUUUUCUGCAAGUUUUUUGUAAUUUUUAAAAAACUUUUUUCCAAAUAGUUCAAGAAAGACCACUACAAAUUAGCAAUAUUUUUGCCCUGUUAUACAAUUUAUUAAGUCAGAAACUGAUGACAUAGUGCUGUAUUUUACUUUUGUAUAUCUUUUUUUUUUCAACCAAAUAUGCUUUGCACUGAUUAGGGGGUACUGGAAUUAAAAAAAUGUUCACAGGGGGUACAUCACUGAAAAAAGGUUGAGAACCACUGUCCUAGCGUUCUAUGUUAUUAUUAUUCCAAGGCAGACAGUGCAUUUCUUCUGGGAUCAACACAAAUGAUAAUUUCAUUUAUUUUGUGUUCGUGAUUUUGGACAAUUUUGAACAUUUCAUGCCAUUGUAAUAAAUGUUACAUUUAAAUUAA